AUGCAAAGCCUCGCAGGAGGAGACACACUCAGCCUAGGCGUUAGGAACACCUCACAAGCAGCUGUCAAGGGCAAUGGCAAACACGCAGUUACAGAUGGCGCCGAAAGCAAAGAAAGCCCCUGCCCCUCCCAAAACCAAAGCAAAAGCCUUGAAGACAAGAAAGGGGUGCUGAACGGUGUCCAUAGUCACAAAAAGAAAAAAAUAAGAAAAAGAAAAAGUUCAGCACAUCACCUACCUUCCAAGAGCCCAAGACACUAUCUCCAAAGGCAGCCCAAAAAUCCUCGAAAGAGCACCCCCAGGAGAAACAAGCUUGAUUUCUAUGCCAUCAUCAGAUUCCCCCUGACUAUUGAGUCAGCCAUGAAGAAAAUAGAAGACAACACACUUGUGUUCAUUGUGGACCUCAAGGCUAACAAGCCUGUGAAGAAGCUCAAUGACAUUGAUGUGGCCAAGGUCAACACUCUGAUCAAGCCCCAGGGAGAGAAGUCAUAUGUUGGACUGUCUCCUGACGAUGAUGCUUUGGAUGUUGCCAACAAAAUUGGGAUCCUCAGAACUGAGUUCAGCUGGCUAUAUCUAAAUAUAAAUUUUUUCACCAAAAACAUAAUUAUGUCUUUUAACCAUAAGGACUCUUAA